AUGCUGGGCGGUCUGUCGGGGCCCGGUCCGCCGCCACCCCCGCCCCCACCAUCCACAUCAACCUAUGGACAACUACUACCGGGACCAUCGACAGGUCCCUCCUGCUCCACAACAUCAUUCACCAACCAUCUGGGUCCCACGACGACGUCUCAGACUACAGUACUACCAUCCAGUGACACGUUACUGUUACAAUUAAGAUCGCGGCCUAAUUCGAGGGUAUUUCGAGCGUUGUUUCAAUAUUUGCCGUUGAGAGAUUCACCAAACGAGAAUCCACAGCUAGAAUUGAGUCUGCAGCCGGGUGAUGUGGUGCUGGUGAAAGGAGAAAUGGAUUCUGAUGGAUUCUAUUGUGGAGAGACGUUGGAUGGAAGGCAAGGACUGGUACCAUCAAAUUACGUGGAACGCGUCCCCGACUCGGUGCUCCUUGCCAACGCUCGUGCUCCAUCACCAUCGUUUCCUCUCCGAAUACCUCAACAUUUUUCAACGAUUCAACACGAUUUCUCAUCACCCGAUCACUCGACACUUCCCGAUUCCGUUUGUCCCUAUCCGCCAGCCGACGUCACCAAGGUUACGGUACAGGAGAUCAAAAAUAGUGAAACGCCUAGGAGUGAGUUUAUUAUUCUUUCGAAAAAAAAUGUGUCUAUACAGUGCACCCGAAAAACCCGGAAAACUUUGAAGUACCCACCCGAGGAGUCGUUCGUCGCCGUCUCCCAAUAUCAUGUUUGUGUGGAUGGAGCUGUUAGAGCAAUCGUUCCAGGAACUUAUAAGUGUCGCGCCCUGGUAGAGGAUAUUCCAUUAGAGUCGUCAGUCAACUUAUCAGUACGUGCAGUCACGGAACACGGCCAUUCGCCCGACGCCUGCUGUACGAUAGCAAUAGGAAAUGAAGCCCAAGUCGCACCUCAACAAGUCCGUGUGUGGGCGGUGACACCGGUGUCGGCGUGUGUCCGAUGGUAUCCAUCGAAUAGUAAUGCAGAGCAUGUCGUCUCACUCAACGCUGUUAAAGUGGGCGUAUGUCCCCCAACUGUCUUUCAAGUUCAAUUACAAGGUCUACAACCAUCAACAAUCUAUCGGGUAUCAGUCAGGACGAAACAUCCAAAAGCGGUUCUCGAGCAACGGCCAGUCGAGAGAUGUAUCGAUUUUAAAACACUGCCAAAAAUCGGUUUACCUGACCCACCUACACACGUUCAAGUGGAAAUCGGACCCCAACCGGGUACACUUCUAGUCUCGUGGCAACCCGUCUCCAAUCAACCGAAACCUCCAUCCCGCGCUGCCGUACACUCCUACUUGAUCUACGCCGACGGAAAGAAUAUUGCUCAGGUGCCACAGGCUACAGCCGACCACGUUGUCCUCCGCCUGUCCGAUCUCUCCGACGACCCGCCGAUCUUCAUCACAGUUCGAACGAAGACAAAAGAAGGCGCUGUGUCAUCAGACUCUAACGUGGCACGAGUGCCACGUACACAAGGAGUAGUGGUACCGAGUACAACCCAACAGCAACAGCUGAUAGGAACCGUUGAUCCUACAAGUGGACUACCAUUGGUGGACAUGACCUCAUCGUAUCCUUCAUAUCAUCAACAGCAACAACAGAGUGUCGCUAAUUCCAUCUACAUGCCAAUUGGCUCAACGGGCACCCUGACCAAUGCACAUCCACCUUUGGCAAACGGACAUGUCACUCAUCAAGCCGCCACUGGUCCGUACUCUGCUCCAUCAACGGCUCCGGCGCGGAUGGUUGGUGCGACGGGAUUGAUGAGCUACCAACAGACAUCGUAUCCAAAUGUGCAAGCAUCCAUGCAACAGUCGGCUCCUGCAAGUGCUCCCAAUGUGCAGAGUGGAGGAUAUGCCACUUUUGAUAGGUCGGCAUCCCUCGGCGCACAACCAUCAUCGAUUCUUCUCGCUGGAGGUAGCGCACCGAGACCAUCAUCGGUUGGACAAACUGUGCAAUCCACGUGGCAGCAGCCAACAAAACCGGCAACCAAUCAAAUGUCGCAGUACUACACGUUCCAUCCGAACUUUCUGCACACCGAACCAUCCGGUGCAGACGAACCACGGCCGUCGGUGUUGGAGAUGGAGAACAGCUAUCUCAUGCGCCAUCGUCAAGCCGCCGACUGGGCCAACGCUCCCGAGUCUCGAGACGCGCGGGCUCGCAUCGAAGCGUACUCUCGAGGCUUGAAUCGUGCUGGCUCAGCCGACGAGCGAAUGCACUAUGGUGGUUCGGUGGUGGUGGGCGGUCCACUGGGGACGCGUCACCCAAUGUCGCAGACACUUCAACAACGUCUCAUGCAACCGCGUCUGCAGCGGGUAAAAUCUGAAAGUGGGUUUGGAACUCGAAGUGAACCCGAUCUCCGUCCUCCUACUUUGGAUUCCGACGAGUGCAGAUGGUUUGUUGCUCUUUUCGACUACACGGCGGCCAUGUCGCCGAAUCCGAAUGCCGAGUUCGAGGAGCUGCAAUUCAGGAAGCAUCAGCUGAUCAAAGUCUACGGGCCGCAGGAUGUGGAUGGCUUCUAUCAUGGACAAAUUGGCAAUCGUAUUGGAUUGGUGCCGUCGAAUAUGGUUAUUGAGAUUGCUUCUGAUGAUAUUGGGAAACGACGGACGACCGGAGCACCGGCGCCACCACCACCAACACAACCGGAACCUGCAUUGAGACGACAGCGAUGGGGAAGUAAAAUUUUAGAUUUAGGCUCGAAAACUAAUCAAAAGCAGCAUUUCAGACCCCACCACCCCAACUACAUCUCUCUGGACCGUCGCGAUGAUCGAGACCGAGAUAGGGAUGGUGGAAGGUAUCGAAGACAAGGGGCCAUCAGUUCCUAUGAGUACAGAAGGCUGCCAGAACGAGAAGAUGCUCCAUACAGAAGGCGUCAACCAGUCAUAGAUGCAAGAGAUGAUGUGUAUGAUGAUGAGGGGUAUAGGGACAGGGACAGAGAUAGGAGGAUGGAUCGGGAAGGUCGACUAGGCGAUCGGAUAGAUCGAGAUCGUCUAGACCGUGAUAGAAUAGACCGUGACAGGCUGGACCGUGACCGAUUGGACCGAGAUAGGGUGGAUCGUGGAGACCGUGGAUAUGAUAGAAUGGACAGAUCGCUAGACGCCAGAAGACAUCCAAUGGAUCGACGACAAACCGACGAUAGGUAUCCACCGUACGACCCAUACGCCAGAGGCGACAAGUACAGAGAACGGCCUAGGAUGGAUGAGCAACAACAAUCUCAAGCUCCGCCUCCGCAAAACAACUAUGACUAUCCACCAUCGAGGUACGAUCAACAACCUGGGCCAUCGAAUCAACAACAGCAGCAACAACAACAGCAAAUGUCCCAAAUGACACAUCAAAUGGGACAACUGCAUAUGAAUCAGGCGGGACAACAAGUCCCAAUUGGAAUUCCAAGCUCAAGUGGAAUCGGAGGAAUGGGUGGAGCUGGAAUUCAGAUGGGCGGUGCUAUUGGGGAAUAUCAGAAUGGAGGAAUGACAGCUGGUGGGCAGAAGAUGGCAAGGAUGAUAGCCAAGUUUGACUACGAUUCGAGGCAGUUGAGUCCGAAUGUGGAUGCGGAGCAGGUGGAGCUCUCAUUCCGACAAGGUGACGUCAUCACUGUGUACGGUGACAUGGAUGAGGACGGCUUCUACAUGGGCGAACUAAACGGUCUACGUGGUUUGGUCCCAUCGAAUUUCCUACAACCAACACCUCUCAACAACCUCCUCCCAUCACAACCAACAGAGCCAAUGCGAAAAGGUGUCGCAUUUUCGGACACUCAACAAAUGAUUCGAAAAUCUGCACCAAUUCGACAAUCAUCUCAAACUGGGUCAACUGCUGGUCAACCUGCCACAUCGCUAGCGUCGGCAGUGGCGUCGGCGGCGGCGGUUAGUAAGCCGGUGGCGAAGAAAAGUACCGCUGGAACAGGUGGAGCUGCUGGUAAACCGCUUGCCAAGAAGACCAGUGAUGUUGGAAAGUCUGCCGCUCCAAACGCCCGUAAAACAAGCACAGCUGUCAAGAAAGCCGAUACCGGUGCAAAGGUAAUUGACCAAUUAGCAGCCUAA